AUGCUUGCCGAAUUCCAGAAACCAUUAAAACUGACGACGAUAACCGCGAAGCACAUUUUUGUCAGCCUUGCGGACGAAAAAGGAUGCAUGCUUGUCGCUGGUGCUGCCGGGCAGUAUUCAGUCUCCUUCAGUCUCCCCGACGUUCUGCUCGCAGUACCCCUUCAUGGAGUGCCAGAACCGGCUACUAAGUUUGCGGUCUUCCAACAGGCACCUCGCAACAGCCUGUCCUUCGGCGUGUAUGACGUCACUUCCGGUCGUCAGGUCUCCCCGGCGGUAUUUUCUAAGCCGCUGAUUCUGCAUUCAAAUCACGGAGGCCUAGAAGGGGUAGGUGCUGCCUUUAUAAGUUGUUGCAAUGUUGCAUGUUGGCCGCUGUUUCACUCGGCACUCUCAGUUACUACUUAUUGA